GGGAGGUCAAGUAAAGCUCGCCGCCAUGUUAAGUGUUCCCAUGGCGACGAGAAGAAUCGGUGAAACGGGGUAUUUAUUCAGCACUGACAGGGUUACAAGAUGGAUUUCACCUUCCAAGCUGACCAACUGCAAACUUUGUCAAAACUGCUGUCCUGUUCAGAUCGAGAUGAGGAGGAAUUGGAUGAGGAGCCUUGCGCAGGAAGCUUUGAACUGAAUCCUGGGCAGAUUGGGCCAACAAACCGAUCGAAUCCCGCAGCUAAAGAAGAUUUCAAGCCUGAAAAACCUUCAGACCCCAAACGGAUCUGGUCAGAGGAUGAUGUGCCUGAGGGGUCAGAGUUUGAGGAUAUCUGGGAUCCAAGAAAACAGCCUGAAUAUGAGAUUUUGUUCAAACAACAAGUUGGUACAGAGGAUGUGUUUUUCGGCAUGAGCAGAAAGGAUAGCUCCACAGCCUGCUGUGAAGACAUGGUGAUUAAAAUCAAGCUGCCAGAUUGCAAACCAACAGAUGUCACUCUGGAUAUUAAAGAACGGUUUCUUGCUCUUCGAUCACCAGACUAUAAACUGGGAUUGCACCUGCCACAUCCAGUCGAUAGUAAGAAUGGAAAAGCGCGUUUCAACACAGACACUCAGACACUGGAAGUUACCUUAACUAUGAAGAGGGAGUUUGAUUUCAUUAACUUUGCUUGAACCAAGCAAUGAGGAUGAGGAGUUUUCAAUGGAGUAGAAUUGAGUUAAAAUUGUUGUCAGAUACUUUGUGUAUUCAAGCACAGGCACUCAGUUUACUAUCUGUCGAUAUUUAACAUGUUGGUUUUAAAGAGGCAGUUCCAUGUAUAUUCCCCAUUCUAGAAGAAAAAUAGGAUUAAAGAAAUUCAAUUACCACUUUAGCUUUGUGCAAUAAAAUCAUAAUUUGUAAAAGUAAAACAAA